AAAAUCGCAGGCUCAGUCAUCAGUUAUGUUCGCCAUCUUGGAUUUCAUUAAUAUGGAUUUCCUUUGUUAUGUCUCAUGAAGAGUGUUGCCUCUAGCAACCUGAAUUUAAUAGUAUGGCGGUCGUAAACUAUUCGACCACACGAUCUCAAUAGCCACUCUUUGAAGCAGAGAACUUGAAAGAAGCAUUGAUGUCAUGACGAUAAGAGUAGAACUCGACCAACUACUAAACCUCGCUCUUGGCACCCCAGAGCUAGGGGCUGUAAAUUUCAAUAUUCUUCACGGAUUGCUCCGGGAAAUUCUUAACCAUCUAGGAAUCGAAAAGAAAGGCAAAGAUAUCAGCGAUGAUGGAGACUUCAGAGCUGCAUUUGCGCUACUUAGGAACCAACAAGAGAGCUCUCAAGAUUCCGGUAGUGAUAGUCCAGAUGACUUGAAAUCGAAGGUGUCAUCUGAAACAGUCAAAGCAGAUAAAAGAUCUUUCUCUGCCGCUACAUUUUUGACCCCGUUUCACGGCAAUUUGGAAUCGAAGGUAUUAAAUAUUGAGAAGAAACUAGAAAUUUUGGAAGACCUGCCUAGUAACGGAGAAAUUUUACAACGCGCCAAACAGAAAAAGGAUGCUAGAACCCCAGUUGCAGAUAUGUGGCAGUUUAUAAAUAUAAACAGAAGGCUAGGAGCUACUGAAAUUGGCAUUGAAAAGGUAGGCACAUGCAUGUGAUUCCACUUAGAUGUAUAACUUUUUAUGACUGUUACUUAUUGAGGUUAUUGUAAGCAUUCCAAAUUCCAAAGUACCUUUAAUUGUGUUUGGUAUGGUAAUACCAUGAAAUCUUUUAUGGCGUUCCCCGGAAAUGGCUAACUGUUUUUUGUGUUAAUGAUGUUCAUGUAAGUUUUGGUAUAAUUUAAGCACGGACCUGUAUGCUUAAACAAAUAUCUCGUCUGGAUUCGGAGCCGAUCCGAAGCAAAUGUUUACAUAACAAAUUAUGGAGACAAAUGAUCUUUUUUGACGCGUUGGUCAACUUCAAAAAGUGUGAAGUUACUUUAGACAGUGACUGGAAUUAAACAUUAGCGUGCGGUGGCGGCUACUUUAAGGGUUUGAGAGAAUGGCCAUUUAUGCAGAGGAAAUUAACAAGUGCUUUAUCGGUCUUAUCUUUUUUUGCGGCAAUUAAACUUCUUUUGAACUGACUCUUUUUGUUACAGUUUUUAUUUGUGGCUUAUUCAUGUGUGAAAAAAUUCCAGGUGUAAAAGAAAAUUGGUUGACAGCUCUUACAUUUGGUUGACACCACAUGAAUUUCGCCAUAACAGCAUAUGCAAGUUUUUUUUUUUUGACAUAAUCAUCAAACCAGUAAAUUUUUAAUAACUUGGAAUUAUGUUUUAAAUGUAAACAAGUGCCUGUAACCAGGGUAGCGCUGGGACAUGGCAAUGAAAACCCCACCACCCAGCAAUUUGAAGUUUAUUGCAUGCUUUGAAUGAGGCAGAAGUCUUUUUCUCAUUUUCCUUCAUUUGUACUUAGGAUAUUAAAAUAUUAGGCUAUCCUGAAAAUCCUAAAAACUGAUUCCAGUUCCUCAGUUGUUGCUGCUGGCAUACACGUGCAUAUACAUUUUGUCAGAGUUAUACCAAAAUAUGCACGUAAUACACAUCGGGAAAUACGAAUCCAUUGCAUUCAGGCCAGACGCAUCCAUGCGUCUGAGUUGAUUUUUGUAUGCGUCUGCUUUGAAAUGCAUCAGUGCACAAUAAGACUCAUUAGUAUUUAUGAGCCAUCUCUACUUUUUGUUGAGAGGACGUGUAAUGUGUGCAGUCAGUAAAAAAUGUAAUCCCUGGGCUUACAGAUGAAGAAGAAGAACCUUUAUUAAUUUAUACUGCUCAGGGUAGCCCCUUCAGACCCAAAAAGCUGUCUGUUAUCAAUGGGAGCCCUGAGCAACAAUGCACAAAAACGCACUAAACAUAUAAACAUUACACUAAUACAGGUAAUAAUAUAAAUAGAAAACUAUUUUCAAUUAAAAGAUUAAAAGAUGUAAAACACGAAAUAUCAUUAUUGAAGAUAAUUCGUCAAAAAGAGUGCAACCAUAAUAAUAGAAGGAUCUUUUUUGCAAUUUCAGUUCUCACAGCAGGCGGAUGUAAGAGGUUGCUUUGUCUAGUAGCGCACGCAUGGAUUGUAUUGUAUUGUAUUAUUAGGGGUUUUAAAAGGGGCUUAUGAAUGGAGGGGCUCAUAUCCAAGUGAGCUUAUAACCAGAAAAGCGCUUCAAAACAAACUAUAUCAGUACUGAUGAGAAUAAGUUUUGCAAUAUUACUGGUUUUUAAGUAAGUUUCAAAAUGUCACUGACAGUAAAUCUACAUGUAAUUCAGAGAGGGGCUUAUUAUUGUUUGCAGGUAGAUGGGCUUAUGGGCAGGGUUUCUGAUGUUUUGCAAAGUUGCAGAGCUGCAAAAUUUAGGUAAAUCCGUGAUAUUCACCAAAACACGCAAAAUACUGGGAAAUUUGGUAGAAAUCUUGUCAAAUACAUGUCAAUACUAUAUAUUUGAAACUUAUCUUGACUGUUGGGGCUCUUUAUAAAUUGUCGGAAAACUUGCAAAUUAAUUUAUCUUAAAACUUCAUCACCACAAUGAGUGAACAAUGUCCCAAAACUCCCAGGCGUAAAUUAUGUUAAGAAUAAAUAGGCACUAGUCAUAAAAGCUUUGUCAUUGGCUCAUUUCUCGAGUGCUUUGUUGUUAAAAUAGCAAAUGAGAGUAUCUCUGUUAAAAAACAAUGAACACACUCGUCAAAUCAGUGAAAAAUCGAUCAAUAUCUAGUGAAAUUUGCCCAGAAAAUUCCCAUGAAAUUGGCUGUUUUUUACCAGUUGUUUUUGAGUGAAGUUAGCCCUGAAAAGUUCUGUGAAAUUCCUGCGAAACCGGCCAAUUUUCUGCAAGUCUGUCUCUGAAAAUCCUGCAAAAUUAGACUUUUUUUACGCAACCUAUCAGAAGCUCUGUAUAGUGAGGCCUUUAACCAGGGUGCGUAUAAGAAGCAUUCGACAGAGGUUGCUUUAACUAAAUGUAAAUAUCAAAGAAGAUGCUUGUCAGACAAUUAGAAUAAUAUUAAACCCCUGACAACCACAUAACAGCUUUGGAGAUUUUAAUAUGUAUUAGGGUAAAGAUGGUGACAUUGAAUUUUAUAUCAUUCCAUAAUUAUGCUUCUUUUUAUAUAGAGCUUAUUGUUUAUGCACAACCCUAUAGUGAAAUUUACAAUGUAAAGGUUAAAGAUUAUAUUGAAUCCUAUUUUAGUAAGCACUUUGCAAUAUUAUUUACACCUCUAAGAUCAAGACAACAAUUUCUUGGACCCUUUUAUUGUGGAAGUUCCCCGUCAAGGGUCAUUGCUGUCAUAGCAGUUAAGAAACUUAGUGGUUGCUUCAGACUGUGGUGUUUUCAAAAACUCAAAAUGUUUUCCGUUUUUAUGGCCAAAUGUUUUCCUUGUUUUUUGUGCUAUUUACUAUUUUUUUGUCUGCAUUAAAAUCAACCUUAAAUGCAAUAAAUUUGUGGUAAAAGGUAAAAACUAAAAGGUACUAGUUAUAUUAAUUAAGGGUUAAUAAAAUAACCUUUUUCAUAAAAUUUUCAUAGGCCCAUUUACAUUAAGUAAAGAAGAUCAACCCCAUGUCAUAUUAUGUACAUGUAUUAGCCUAAAUUACAGUUACAGUUAUGUAUGAAAUUAGAUCAUUGACUGUUAAAACUGAUUUUGAGGUUAAGUAUGACUUACCAUCAGUUCUAAGUAAGUAUACAAGUUUACAAUGUACUUCAGUUAUGUUUUGAUGGAGAUUUUCUUAGUAAAGCUCACUAGAGCUUGCAAUGUUUUUCUGCAUUAUAUAUACAGGUCUGUACAUGUACAUAUACCUAUUUCUUUUGUAGAUGAUAAUUAUAAAUCACUCUCAAAAAAUUUGGCCUCAUUGUGGCUUCAUUGCAUCCUUUCAACUGUAGUACAUUUGUAUCCCCUUUUUUUGUACAGGCCAUGGUGUCAAAUCCUGACAGACUUUUUCUACCACCUUAACUUGCAACAUUGAAAUCGUGAAUAAAAUAGCAUUGGAUAGACUAAGGGCUGUUGACCGUGGAUUCCUCUGCCUAAUAUGAGCAUGAUCCCCCUUUCACUGGCUACUUUCAUUGAAAACAAGUGAAAAGAAGAAAGAACUUCAAAGAUCUUCAAUUCCCCAAAAUCGUAGUUGGUAUAUUUUAGCCCUGAUUUUCAUGUAAUUAAUGCUCCAAAUGCUUCCAUUACCAGACUUAAAAACUUCAGGUUGUACAAUAUUAAUAUUAAUGUUAUUAUAUUGUUGAUAUUAUAAUUUUGCUUUAGCUCACAAGUCUUUUAGACACCAUGAUGAAAGAAGUCAGUGAUGUUAAAGAAACUGCGGAGGAAAUAAAUGGAUUAAAGAACAAAGUGUCUGAGGUUAGGUCAAUAAAUUAUUUUAUUAUUAACUGUAUUAGUUCACCCACUUCACUUUCAUGCACAUUGUGUAUCAUGAAACUCAAGGUUUUCUCUCUUUUGUUUUGCUUUGUGUAUGUAGUUGGAAAAACUAACUUCAAACCUCAGUGAGAGGAUUACUGCACUGGAAAGUGUUGGUAAGACGUAUAGACGUACAGCUGUAACUGUUGUGUCAUUUUUAUGAUAUUUCUAUUAUUAUACUGCUACGUGAGAAAUUUCUGUAUUUUGAUUGGCUUAGGGCAGUGGUGUUUCAGCUUAAUUUGAAAUACCUACAUGUGAAAAUUACAAAACUAUUGCGGGCUAGUAAUAUAAACAAAUAAUAGCAUGAUUCGUAUGUGAUAUUUGGCAUAAGAAGCUUGAACACAAACUGAACUUGGAUACAGAAUAAAGCAAAGAGAGAAACUGACAUUUCAAGUGAUAUUUCAAAAUUGUCUCAAAUUUCACUCACCUAACGGCUCGUGAAAUUACGUAUAACAAUUUAGAAAUAUUACUCGUGGUAUUUAUGCGAAAUAUCACUACAAAUGAUGCUAUUAUAUACCUAUCAUAAUUAUAUAUAUUGUUUUUAUUAUAAACUUGAAUUCAUUCCUAAGAAAAGGAAUGGUGUUAGCUGUCAAAUUCAUUCCUAAGAAAAGGAAUGGUCUUAGCUGUCAUAGCUGAUGUGUUAGCUGAUGAAAUAACUGAGCUGUUUGUUUUGAUAAAUUUGUAGACAACUCUCAAGAGAAAAAGAAACUUGAAGAUUUGCUUAAGGAAUUGGUGAGAAUGACAGCGCAGUCAGAGAAAAUUAGCUAUUAAUUUGCAAUAGUGCAGUAAAUGCAGGUGGUGGACAAAAUGCUGACCCCCAGUCCAUGGACUACCCCCAUGGACUACACGUAUGGACUACCUUUUGAGUAAUUUUACCCGUAGUUACUUCAUGUACCUAGCAUUGUAGUGAAUUCAAAAGGUAGUCACUAUGGGUAGUCCAUGAACUGGGGGCUAGUAUUUUGUCCACCGCCAUCAAUGUGGAUGAGUACAAAGAUUCUGGGAAACUGUCUACUCACCUACCCCUCCCCUAAUACAGCAUUAACACUUACUUCUCACUUAAAGGGGAGGGGGGUAGGUGGGUAAGUGGGUACCAUCUUUUGACACCUUUGUGAGAAAGACACCUCCCUGAACUAGAUACCCUGAGAGUUGGUCCCUGCUUUUAAUUGGUUAUUUGCUAUGGCUUGCUAUAAUGCAGGCGCCUGCUUGCCGCCAGCCCCUGAAGUGUCAAUCAGAGAGAGUGUUGACUACAUUUUUUUUUCCUGCUCAGUAUUAAUAGUGAAGGGUCACAAGAUUAAAUGAAGAUGACGUGAACUGCAGAAAUGCAAUAUGUGACUGUUGUAAUAGCAAUUUUUGAGCAAUGGCAGAUUAACCCAAGAAAUGUCUGAAGGGCCUCUGCAUUAGUGCUGUAGAACUCUACCAACUGGGCUAUAAACACCCAUGUGGUAGACUUAAUUAUGAACAAAGUACUUUGUUAUUAAACAAUAAAAUGACACAUAACACAUGCUCCUUCACCAAGUCAGGGGAGUGCUGAGUGCAAAUGCAACUUGUUAGUUUUAGUGGUAGUGGACAUAAACAGCAAAACUCUAAAUUUGCUUGAAAUAGUUCAUUGUGUGCCCUUUGUUUUAUUCUAGCAAAAUCUCAAGAAACAAGUAGAUGACCUUCCCACAAAAGAUGACCUCAAUAAUUUGGACAUAUAUGUCAAAUGGCCACAACUUGAGGAAGCUUUAAAUGCUAGAAGAAGUCGUGCCCCUUCGGCAAAGUCAAGGGCAUCUACCCCUAAAGCAAGAACUCCUACCCCACCCCCACCCAGGACACCAAGUCCUCCUCACCCCUCCGCUGAAGCACUUGAGGCAUUGAGACAAAUUGGUGAACUUAUGGAUAGACAUGAAGUGUUAAUUGAACAAGUGGAUGCAUUAGAGGUUUGUAAAUACCUACAUCUAAUUUAAUACAAGUAAUGCAGCCUACUACUGUACCUUGUAGUAGUAUCGGUUGUCUGUCAGCCAACUUUUGUUUAUCUUUUGACUGUUGGUUGACAGUCUUCUGACAAGUGGCAGAAUUAUUUUUUGGGGAGUUGUUCUUCAAUUUUUCCCACAUUUGUACUCUUUUUCUCACACACCACUGGUAGCCAUGCCAAGCCAACCGUUGCAGCCUGACCUUUAUUUUAAACUCAAAAAAUGCAUACAUAACAUAACCUUAGAAAGGUAGGACGCUAACAAAACUACAAAGUUGCACCGUACAUUUAACAGCAUACAAAACUGAAAUCUUAGGGUGGGUGGGUGGGAAGGUCAGUAAUGGCAGACGCAACAAAAGCAACUGCCCGCCUUUCAGUCACAUGAACUAUACCCAGGCUCCCAGUGGUGUGUGAGAAAAACAUUUUCCACUUAAUGCGUUACACUCAGCCAGUGGAAAACUACCCUUAACUUCCCAGAGUAGCUUAUUGCAGUAGAAGUCAUUGCAGGAUAAUUUAUUCACGUACAUACAAAUGUAUUUUCCUGACAAUCUUUUUACAGAUGAGUGUGACCACAUGAACUGAGGUCACCCAGACAAAAUUUUCAGACAGAUUUCUUUAAUUACUGCUGACUUUGACUCUGGCCUGAGCCCAGAUGUUGUCAAAACAUUUUCUAGGUUAAUUUACACAAACAUCAUGAUUCCUUAUUAGAAAACUGGUUUGCAACAUAUUUUGAACUGGCUCUGAGUACAAAAUUAUGCAUAUUUUCAUUGUUUAGAUCUUGACUUGUGAUUUGCUAAUUUCAAAAUUUGUCUCAUUUUAUGUCUGGUUGACCAUGGUUUGUGCGGUUGCACUGUAAGCCUUGAUUACAGCAAAUUACAAAAUAAUGUAUUAUUAUUUUCCAUUUUGUAAAUAGGUUGUUGGGUUUACAUGUACUCAUUAAGUUAAGAAGAUUUCCAACCUACAAGAGAUUUUCUACAAAUUGAAAGACCUGCAUCCAUUUAUUUCCAUUCAUUGUAAUUCCUCACUGAUAUUUUAUUUAUAAUUAUUUUUUAUUGACAGGAACAAAUGCCCAAAAAAGCUAACCUUGAAGAUUUGGAGGAACUGAGGAAAAGACCAGGUGUUUUGAUGAAAACUGCCUUUAUUUUUCACUAUGUCCAUUUUUAAUAGUCAUCAAACUAAAAAUAGAAGCAUCUACAGGGUAACUUUUUGGUGCAUGUAUCUUUUAUAAUCAUUUUUGUUUUUCUAUUUAACUAGAUGUACCAGAUGACAUUCUUGAGCGGCUUAAGUGGUUAAAGGAAGGGCUUGAUGCAAUUAAUAAGUGGAAAGACGAGGUAAUGAAAACGACAACGAAACCUUUGCUACAUGUACAGCGUACAGAAAUUCUGUCUGCAUAUGCAGCUAAACAAACACAAUAAUUUCAUUUUAUCGCAUGAAUUGAUGAAGUCAAUUUACUGUUUAAAAAAGAUUCAGACUGAAAGUCGGGUUCGGUUAAACCUUUUUCCUUAAUUAAAAAUGAGCAUGGUUUUAAGUUUAAUAUAAUGAAUUAUUUUAUUUCAGUAACCUGUUUCUUCAGUAACCUGUAAAUAUUACAUGUACGUAACUGGUUAUUCUGUCUCAAGACACUAAACUGAAAACAGUGAUUAGAAAUAAAGAAUAAACCAGAUAAACAGAAAUAACAAAUAUUUAUAAGGGAACAUUCAAAAGGGAAGAUUUAAAGUGUUUGGAUGCAAAAGACAAAAAAUUCAGUUAACUUAGUCUACUAAUAUUAAAGAAUUAAUAGUCGGUGUCCUUAUUGAAUUAUAAUAUCUACAACAAUUAUUUACAUGACUUGUGUAACUUUAAGAAAACCAUUCCUGCUGACCUUGAAGCACAGUUAGCAUCGCUGAGGGAAGGGGUGUCAUUGCUCAGCAAUAACAAACAACAGGUAAUAGAUAGCGGUAAUAAUAAUCAUAAUAAUAAUAAUAAUUUAAUAUUAAUAAUGUGAUAUGAUGAUGAUGAUGAUAAUGUUAUUGACAAUAAUAAUUCAAACAGUGUGGUUCAAUCUGAACUUCACUUUGGCUUGAAAUUUCUAAACAAUAUAAACUAUAUAUAGUGAAACCUGAAUUACAGCUGUUUCGGAUAACGUGACCUACGUUGUCAAAAUUUCUUUGGAUUGUGGGUUUCGCAGGUCGCAUGUUAUCCAAAACAGCUGUAAGUGGACAUGUACAUGAAGACCAUUGCCAGUGUCCACUACAGAUGUAGAUGUAUAACUAAUAUGGUUUUGUUGUAUAGCAAUGUCGAAAAAAAAGUGGCUCCGCUUAAUAUGGUGUCCAUAAAAUGAGGCCUAUAGUUGUAAACAUGCAAAACUCAAAAUUUGAUUUGUAAACCACAGCUUUAGACUUCAGACUUACGAACGUUAGCUUUUAUCAUUCGGUCAUCUUCAUUCAUCUUUAAUACCUGUAAUUAUUAUUAUCAUUAUUAUUAAAAUUUAUUUCAAUAAUAACAAUUUACCUAGUUUUUUUUUUCAUUCUAAACCAGAAUCAAAGGGAAUUAAUCUCAUUGAUACAAACAGUAUAAACACGUUUAACUGUACGAAGUUGUCUGAUUUUUCAAUUUAACAGUUAAACUGUAGCCACUAUCUCAUAUUUUCGUAAGGUUUUGAAAACACAUUUUUGGUUAACGUGCAAUUAACUUUGAAUGUAAAGAUACUGACGGUUAAAAACUUUGAAACUUUUGAGAUUGAAAAAAUGGGACAACAGCUUCAAAGCCUAAAGAAAGUCUCGGACAUGCUGAGCUAUCACAACCAAAAGGUACAGAGAUGAUGCUUUUAACGCUGUUAAAAUUUAAAGCUGAUAAUACAUAAGCUUAGCAAAUCCUAGUGAUAAACAUUUUAAAGUAAAUGGGAAGCGGAAAGAUCGUUUGAGACGCAUGACACUUCAAUAAGAUAGCUGAGAGGAUUGAUUUUGUAGAACCAAAUAUGACCAUCGCAGUUGUAAUCGCAAUUGAAACAACUGAAAAUUAAGCCCAAAAACAAAAUAAGGGACUCGAACCCAUGGCAUCUGUUUAAGCGUUACAUUGCUCUACACACUGAGUUAUGAAGAAUUGUGGGGUCAUGAUUCAGAUUUGUGUUUCCGCAGUCUACAUCAUUUUUAUUCUAAGUGUCAAAAGUAUUUUGUAAAAACAGAUUUUCGGGUGUGUACGUUUAACCAUUCCUGGUUUUGAACUCCCUGGUAAAGCGAUGCGUGAGACAAAAUGCUUCCAACAUGUAAUUUUAAGUAGCACAGAACACCUUAAAAAGCUUUGGAACCCAGUUUCACCUUGUGCAGGAAAUGUGCUAAUCACUAACUGCUAUUCGCAAAGUUAAACUUAAUCUAGCAUUCUUUAAUAUGCUAUAACCUGCUAAAGCCGGCUGUAACUGCUGAGUUUCCUUUGCUUUCGUUUUUUUUUUAAUUGAAAAGCCUCAGUCGUGAUUAACCAUUAAUCGUAUAACGAUGACUGCCUUAAUACUGCUUUUUCAAACGAGCUUAUUUAAUUUUAAACUUUUAAUACUUAACAGCCACGUUAAAGUUCUAAACUAAGCUCACUAAUGACUUUUGGUCCUCUUGACUCUGUCCGUCUUAAGAUUUCUACAUAAAAUAGACGAUCGACCAUCUCUAAUCAAAUUAUAUGUUAACUACUUUGAGUAUAUGCUGAGUUGAUAUUUUUCGGGUUUUAAUAUCUGUCCUGAAUUCUGGUGACCAAUGGGCGCUCUCAAUGCACCGUGCAUCCAUCACUUGCUCAGUAGUCAGACUGAAAUAAUGUCUGGCAAGUAAUAGUAACUUUAACAUACCUAAAACACUGGUUCUAAAUUACCAUUCCUGCUGAUUCGCACUAAAUAUGUCAUGUUUUACUAAAGCUUCAAAUGAUUCCUGAUGACUUGUUGGAUCAACUAAAUAAGCUUAAAUAUUUGGAAAAAACAACCAAGCAAAUGAAAGAAUUCAACGAGCAGGUAAUUAUGUAAUGUAUUUACAGCCUAUUACUGUAGUUUGAAUUAGCUUAAAUGUAAACUGGAAAAGAUAACAUAUUGUUUUUUAUAUUGAAAAAUCAAUCCAUUCUAAUUUAUCAUUUAUUUAUUUUUUGUUUUAUAACCCUUUUGCCAGAAAAUAUAUAUAUAAAUUUUUAAGAGGUAUAAUUUCAAAUUGUAAAAUCUUUAAGUUUGUUUAGUUUUUUUUUUUUUCGUCUGUUCCGAUCUAACGCCAAAUCGGAGGAACGAUUAAUUAAUUCUGCUUAUAAGAAGACAGAUCUUAAAUCAUCUUGUUCGCUAGAUAUUGUAGCUGUUUAAACGACAGAUGUAUACGUAAAAAACUACUUUGUAAAUGAGUGAUUAAAUUUAGUUUUAUUUUAUUGAAACGAGGCAUUUUAGGUAGGCAAUUUUUUGUACCAAAAAUCAAGAAACGUUAGAACUCGGUUGCAAUGAUUAUGUAUAGUUAGGUGAUUUUGAGGGAAAAGUGAAUGAAAACUAGGAGAAGCAAAAAUAAAUAAAUGGAUAAAACAUUUAAGUUUUGGUUGACUCCAGCAAUAGCUUUCUUUGAGAACGAUUUGAAGAAUUGAAAGUAAAAUAAAAAAUUAACCUAAUAAAACUUUUCAUUCAAUAAAAUUUAAUUUUUAAGUUACCGUCGAGACUUCAGCGGGUCGAGGAUCGAAUAAAAGAAGACAUAGAACGUGAGAUCAGAACCUUAAGGGAUGGUCUUCGUCUUCUUAAUAACCAGCUAGAUAAGGUUAGUAUGUAAAUAACCAGGGAACAAGCUCUCCGGAGCGCUCUGGCGGCGGGGCGGGAAAAGGAAGGAGAGCUUGGAACUGCAUCUCUGGAAUUUGAAUUCCAUCUCCAAUUCCCCUGUGGCUCCCCGUCGACGGAGCUGUCAGAUUUCCGCCAAUCAGCGCGAAGCGGAAACGAGCGCGAAUGUAAACAAACAUUGAAAGGGUAAUGACGUCAUUACUACUGUCACCUCCCCCAGUCAGUAUUUCGCAUCGACUUUUUCGAUGCAGAUAUCCAAAUUCCAGAGAUGUAGUUGGAAGAUCUCCUUUCUUUUCCCGCCCUGCCGCCAGAGCGCUCCGGAAAGCUUGCUCGCAGGCUAAUAUGUAAAUAGUUAAGUGUUUGUUAACGACUUACUUUUGAAGAAAGUAAAGACAUUAAUAUGAACAUGAAAAAUUGUUUAUUUUAAAACAGCUGAGAUAGCAGUAUUAGCUAUUAGAUCAGGUUGCCAGAGAAGCCGCUGAGAAGAAAAGAAGCGGGAGUUUAUACGGACAAAAGAUCAAACUAUACAUUUUUCUUGUUGAUUUGAAUUAAAUCUAAAAGUUAAUUUAUACCUACUCUAACAUUUCUGUUAAACUAAAAUGUUAUUGCCAUCAGCUCCUUUUAAAAACAGGGUGAACUGCCUCGUGUAUUAAAAAUUAAAACUAUAAAAUUAGUAAAACUAACAAUAUAUACUAUGUAACAUUCACUGUUAAAGUACAAGAAGAUGGCAGAAACUAUUCCGAAAUCACCGCCUUCAAAUACAGGAAAAAUAAAGGUACAACCAUGUCCCAUGUAAGCAGUUUAUGUCAUAACGGAUACCUUUACCCUUAUUCAAAGUAAACCUAAUCGUUAAGUCUUAUCAAUAAAAUCACAAGUAUAAAACUGAUACAUGUAUUGAACUAAAACAUAGCAUACAAAGAGCACAAGGCUGCUUUAAUUGCCAAGUCCAGCAAGUUUAUGAAACUUUUGAAGUCGGUUGGCGUUUAUCAAAAUAUCUUCAUUUUGUACAUCCUCGGAGACCCAGGGGCAGAUAGCUAGUGGGGGAUAGGGAAAGUGUAGACGGGCGGAUUUCUUCGCGCCAUUUUUUCCCGCCCGUUUACACUUUCCCUCGUCCCCACUAUCUGCCCCUGGGUCUCCGAGGAUGCUUUCCGUAUUUUCGUACGCAGCUUUCUCCAAGGGUGCGUUCCUUUGGGAUGAUCCAUGAUCCUGAUGUGGAUCAUGUCAAAGGAACGCACCCCAAGAUUUGCCUAUCGAGCUGGAACUGAAGGUGCGUUUGAUUGAGAUGAUCCGAGUCAGGACUAGUAAUCCGAGAUCACUCGGAUCACAGCACAUCAAAGGAAUUGACAAAUCCACCCUGGGAAAUGAUUCAUCGGUACCUUCGAUGCUCAUGGUCCGGUGAUCUCGGAUCACUGAUCCUGGCCGGGAUCGUUCCAAAGGAAAGCAUUGUUGUACUUAAAGUUAAAGCUCGUGAUAAGGAGAAUUUUUUCACUUGUAUAUUAUAUCCAUUUUGAAAGAAAGGUGCCUAUGCCAAGGCCACUUUUGGUUGUGAAAUAGUUAAUAUUUGAAAUAAGUAAUAAUAAUAAGUAUAAUAAUUUGCCUUUGAAGAAAGAUCUCUACAAACUAUAAAAAUAAGUUAAUGAAUUAAAAAACACCUAUAUACUUAAACAACAAAAACAACAAACAAACAAACAAUGGAGAAAUAAAGGGAAACAAAACAAAUAGGACAACAUGUCUUAGUCUUGGAUUGGGUAGCCAGAAGUUUUAGAAAGCGUUAGGUUUUCCUUUUAUAACUACUCGACGCAAGACAUCCUCAACAAUUAUGACUAAAUGAAUGAUGCUGACGUUGACUGAAAUCGUUAAAUAAAUACAUAAAGUAGACUGAGUUGCAUUACACAACCUAUUAAUCGAACGUUACCUCUAGCAAAUGACGACAAAGGUAUCCACAAGCCGAGCGUCAAAUAUAACUUUGCCAAUAAGGAACGAUUUUAGUGAUUUGUUGUCUUUUAGGACGUUGAAGCACUGAAUGCCCUAAGAAGCAUGCUAACGGAACUUCAAGGAGAACAGGAAAGAUUAAGCAAUACAACCAAGGAAUUGAUAGAAGAACACAACAGGAAACAGAAACAUAUUGAUGUGAGUUUAUUUUUUUAACAUUUGCCAGUGUAUUCGUCUAAUUGUUUUUGGAACAUUUAAGUUUUUACAAAAAAAUUACUGUAAUACACUCACACGUCACAGACGUGUAUCAAACCAAUUUUCUUUUGAACACGGCCAGAUAUGCAAGUUUUUGUCGUCUGAAAAAUAAAGCAGGAGCUGUUUCACUAAUUUUACCGAAAUUUAAGCAGUUGGAAUUGCCACCAGUUGAGUUAGUGAAACAUAAGAAUACCCGCCCACGAUAAUAAAAGAAGGUACAAAGAAACACAGUAUGUAUACACAAAAGAAGGUACGGGUGGACAAAUUUGAAGAAGAUUAAAGCGGAAUGCAGUUGUGGUUUUUGAAAACUUGCUAGCAGGACUUGUUAUGCUUACGAGACGUAUCUGUCUAACAAGAAGCUGUGAUUUUGUCAUUUGCCAGUAGUUCCUUUGCUUUAAUUAGGUAAAACUUAUGAACUAAGCAGCCGUGACACAACCUCUUUAACGGUCUUUUUAACUUGUUAGUAUGAAGGUUCUAUGUCCACUUAAUAAUUCGUUCCCCUCAACAGGCCCUGUACACGUACGCUGACAAGCUACAGGAGGUUAAAGCUGAUAAGGAGCAGGUUGCCAUGGAAAUGGACGUGGUAUGUGAAAACGAUUUUUUCCACUUCCAUGUCAUGGUGCGAUUUGAUGUGAAGUAGAGGGUGUAUGUGUCCGAUUUUUUAGGCAACUGAUAAUCGCUUUAAACUGUACACUAUAACGUCAUUUGCUUUUUUGUGUUUUCAUAGAAAGCAGACAAGCGUGCGAUAGACAAUUUAGUAAGUCGGACCAAGUUUGAUCAGAGUAUAGGAGGACUGGACCAGUCACUACAGGAACUGUUACAGAGGCUUGAAGGACAGGUAUGUGCUGGACCACAUUCCUAAGUUAACUUUACUCCCUUGCUAAUCAAAGCGUUGCUUUUAAGGGCGCUAGAGAUCUUAGCUAACAAAAGUCCUGAAAAAAAAAGUUCCUUUUUUGGAUAUUGUGUCGUUUCAUAAUAAGUUUUGAAAAAAGAGAUCAGACAGAGUUUUAAUGUCAAACAAAGUAGUACGCGAUUUUGUGCUGUUUUUGACUUUUAUUGCUUGUACGCGUCUGCCAUCUUCAAUUUUAAUGACGUCUCAUGACUACGAAGUAGGUCUGUUCCCCUUUAUUUUUCACGUUACGGAGAAGUAGGUCUGUUCCCCUUUAUUUUUCACGUUACGGCGUCAUUUCGGUCAUGUUGGUGUAGUGAAAACGAUAAAACAGCGGCUUUAUUGGUGUGCCAAUCUAAUCCUGGACUCUUUUCUGUAGUAAACACUUUCUUUUUGUUAAAGUAAAUUAAGAGUCAUUAUUAUCGUUAGAGAAACGCUCUAUAGCAACUCUCAGUUAAAUUUUGCUUUUCCUUGUUUUUGCCACAAACGAACUGGAUUAAUUUAGAUGAAUUGUUUUUGCAUUCGCCAGGAAUCAGCGCUGAAAGAUGCUUUGGAUCGACUGGCCGCUGACAUUGAUCAGAAGCUUGACAGAUUAGAACUGGAUCCACUCAAGGAAUACUUCGGUAACUGAAUACUGCACGACACCAAAUGAAACUGAUAUCACUUGAUAUAAAUUUGGAUAACGCUAAAUACCAUGCACAUGUAAUCUAGCUUAAUCUCUUGACAUCACCGCAGAAGUUACAAUUCGAGUCUCGUUUUAUUUGACACCAUUUGGAGAAGAGCGAAUUGCGAAAAUUACUGUUUCUUUUUUCAAUAAGUAGAUAAAUCCGGGGGGGGUGGGUACUUUAGGAAUUUCUUUGUGGGGAUGUGUGGCUGGUACCCUGGAACCCUUAACCUAUAACAGAGCUAGUUCAGCUGAAUUUUGCUACCCUAUAUUAGAGUAAACUUCCCUAAUCUCCCCUAUCCUAGAGUAGCUGUUUUCCAGAAACUACUGAGGUCACUAGCACAGUCUUGCCAAAACAAAACCUUAUACCACAAUCCCUAGUCUAGAUAAACUGAUCAGGUUGCUGAAAAAUGAUACCCUAUUCUAGAUCCAAACGCUUUGAUUUAUAUACCCUAUCCUAGAGUAAACUGCUUGAAAACCAUACCCUUCACAGCGGCACAUACCUAUAUAGCCCAUAUAUGGCAGUACCCCCCACCCCGGGGGGAUAAACCAGACAAUGUACGUGAUGGCCAAAGUGUCGUGUUAAUAAUUUACCCCCUGAAUUUUCAUUUUAGAAAAGAAGAUAAAGAGCAUGAAAUGUAAACAUGUUGAUUUGCCUUUGAAUGAUGAUCCUGCUGCGGGUUUCCGCAAGUAAGUGAACUACAAUUCUUUCCCUUGUGAAGUCACCAUCUAUCUCAGAAUGGUGAAACAUGAUUGACAUGGGAUAUUAAAACACAGGAGGUUUUAAUUGAGUAUCUUCAAUCUGUGCAGAUCUAAUCCACUCGUUGUACCUUUGGCCCGCUGCACUUCCUGCAAACCAGUAAAUGAACUAAUCAGAUGUUGAAACAAACACGUGUAGACGCGGAUGCCAACCGCGGGAAAAACUCUUGACCUAUCCACAAUUUGACUUGUCAGAAUUGGCAGACAAUCAAAUUAACCAAUCAGAUUUUGGAAUAAAUACAUGGACAUGUAGGCAUAGACGCCUAUCGUAGUAAACUUGUUUGAGCGAGUCAGUAUUGAUGCUUUGAAAACUACUUAUGAACUCAUGAUUGGUUUAGAAAAUGGGGGGAGAUUUUUUACCCAAUCCCAACCGGCGGCAGUGGAAGAUAAAAGCAAUCACCGGAUUUCUGGAAAACCAUUUUGAGACUGUUUAGUUUACAGUUCGCUUAAGUCGUUUCUUUCCUUUGUUGCUUGGUUCUGUUCACUUGUCAGCGUGUAUAAUGAACUAUUGUUUCCCAUUGUUUUUCAGGGCAUUGCUUCGAUUUCACUGUAUUUCCUGUGAUAGACCUGUCGAUAUGAUCCCUGGCCAGUAAGUAUUUAAAACGAACAUCAUAGAAUGACGCUUGACUGACGCCUUGUACCUGGUCACACGUCGCAUCGAGGAGACUAGUCAACUAGACAUGGACUACCAUGACUAAUCGGAAUUUUUUUAACGCUAUUUGUUUAAUUAGACUAGUCAAUUAGCCAUUGUCUAUGUUUCAGCUAGUCCGGAAUGGGGUGUCUGUUUCGGUCCCAACAUUUUUCUUGUGCGGACGAAAUCCCAUCGUGUGACCAUUCGAAUGACUUCAGUAGCCUGAGAAAAUAGCCGACAUUUCGCCACACCACCACUGGUUUUCCCGCGAAAUGACGCGUCAGGAACGAGUGCGAAAAUUUCAUACUGAAAUGACGUCACUCAGAUCUGGGUAGUGCACGACCAAUCAGAAGCACUAUCUAGGUCUGGAAUUUCUGCGUUCAUUCCUCAAACGUCGUUUUAAGGGAAACCAAUGGUGGCGUGGAGAAAUAUCGGGUGUUUUCUCAGGCUACUGAAGUCAUUCGAAUGCAGUUCUUCAGCAGUUUUUUUUGCAUUGUGUUACUCAUCUGCCAGUAUGUUACGGUCUGAAAAUUCAAAUUUUACUAAAGAGUGUUGUUUUAUUUUAAGAAACUGAGCUGUGGGCUUUCAAGAUAAAGAAAAACUGUAGGCCUUAGAGAGCAUACUCAAGUGAUUCAUCACGUGCUAAUGUCGAGAGGCUUCUCCAAAGAUAGUCGCUGCAAUUAAACCUCAGAUUGUUUUCUUCAAUUCUUUCUUAGCUGUGUUUAAUAACCCAGAAAGUGACUAAUGCCUUUUGUUUGUAGUCCCAACCCUGCUCUGCCCCAGACUCCUGGUCUGCCACCGUCCCGGUCAGGUCGUCCGUACACCACUUAUGAACUUGAUCAAAUCCGUCAAAUACAUCGAGGGUAAGGAGACUUGUCGAGAUUUACGUUUAUUUGCUUGUUCAGUGAUGUGAAAGGCUAAACCCUAAGGGGCGAGUUUACAGUUUUUCCAAUACACAGAUUGCGAGAAAACAAACGAACAAAAAACGAUAACAGACAGAGAGAUGCAAGCAAAAACUACGGUCGAAACUCCCGUAAGCGGCCACCCAAAAUGCAAAGACUGAGUGGUCGCAUACGGGAGGUGGUCGCUUACAAAAGUCGAACCACAGGGGGUCUCUUCCGAGAAGAGGUCCAUACACAUCUACUUCAUAGAAGUAAAUCUAAUUGCAUGCAAUGUCUAAGUUACGCCAUGUGUAGUUCCAUGUUGUCACUAAAGUUCUUCGUAUAUUCUUAGUAGCAUAGGUCAUACAACGAACAUAGAGAUCAGAGAAUGUGUGAAGUCGUAACUUACAAGAGGUUAAAAACAAUGGAAAAUCAUCAACCGUUAGGCCCAAAAAGUGUUCGCGGUCGCUUACAGGAGGUGGUCGUUUACUAGAGGUUGCAAUUGUCAGGCUUUGACUGGAAAAAUUUUGGUGUGUUGGAUUGGCGGUCGCUUACCAGAGGUGGUCGCACAAGGAGAUUCGACUGUACUGCGAAAAAAUGAUCGCAAACACUAUGAUACUGCAAACCGUAGUAACCAAUGGAAGUGAUAAUCGGCAUAAUCGAUCAUUUCGCGACCUUCACUUUGGUUCGCUGCAGUUUGUAACCGCAGAACAUCCCUGAACUGUUGUAUCAUUUAUGGCCAUUUUAUAGAGGUCCAACUCUGUUUUACCAUUUACAGAUGAGUUGUUUGACUUGUUUCUGAUUUGUUAACAGUGGAUACACAUAUGAUCAAGAAGUUGCCACGACAACGGCCCGCGCAUGCGGUGGAAGCCACACAGUGACGUUUCCCCACAGAAGGACGGCGAGAUUCAAGUGAGUAGCCCAACAACACAGGGUCAAGAAAAACACCUUUUUUUAUUUGGGGAAAUCCCGUCAUAUUCAAGGGAGACUCUGUUAUCAAUAGGAGCCCUAAACCCUAACUAACUUAAAACUCGCUCCCAAAUCAGUCAGUCGGCGACAAAAAUAAUCCAUUAUGUUUAUUUUUCCCUUUGUAUAGUCAAUAUUAUUACUACAGAGAGGAUGACUCACCAAUUCCCAUCCCUCCAAGGUAAGUAAACUUAACGAUUGUUGUCCUCGUUUCGCUAGUCUUUUUCCACCCUUAUUUUCUUUGUUACUGAGAAGCCCGAGACUUCAACAUCAAAUGGACUAUAAUCAGCCGUGCAAGACCCUACAACAACAUUUCUAAACGAUGCGACCUAUGCUUAACAGAGAAACUAAUGAUCAUUACUGCAAACCCCGACAGAAUCCUAAACAAAAGAUCAGAACUGAUUUCCAAGUGCCGCCACGAAAACAAGUUUUACCUUAGGAACAAUUGACUCAAAAACAACACUCUAUUAGUUUUUUCCUCACACCUAAUUGUAAUUAGAACCGCACUGCCCUGCUUUUUGUAAUCAAUAGACGCGUGUAUAUAUGUAACUUGAUAGGUUUAUUCUCCAUUAAAUACUGUCUGAUGAGUGCGUGAGCACGAAACUCGGAGUAACAGAGAAUUUUGUCUCUUCGUUAUAUCUUCUUACUGAGAAGCCAAGAAUUUGUUUAUGUUUUGUUCUCAUAAGCUUUAAGCCUUUCACCCUCAGAGUAAAUUAUGGGGAAAUGUAAUUCGGUUUUAGCUUUUGAUUUUGUGGACUAAAUCCUUUGACCAUUCAAAUAAAUCGGGAAUUAUACAUGGGCGCGCGGGGAUAUGAAAUUAAUCUUCGAGUGUUCAACUCGAUAUCUCACGAGUAAGCGCAGCGAACAAGUGAGGUAUCGAGAGUGAAUACGAGAAGAUAAGUUUCAUAUCUUCAAGCUCCCAUGUAUUAUUCUAUUUAUUAUAUAAAAUUAAAUCAAUUAUUUCAAGAGGUAAGUAUUCCAAAAUUUGGAAUAUUAACCUUUUGAAUAAAUAUCAGGACACAUGUGUUUUGAUAUGACACCAGAACACAUGUGUUCUGUUAUGACAUUUUUCAGUGGCCAAAAUCCCUAUAAAACACUGUAGUUUAUAUAAUAGAGUGGUUUUCGUUUGAGUGUCGUAAAACCAAAACCAAAGUAAUUACUCUGGCCAAUCACAUAGGACACAGACAAUACAUUGAACCAAUCAAAACUCGAAGUAAUUACAUGUGGCUGACGCAAAGCGCGGGAAAAUCGUGCGAGCGCGUCACAAUUGGCUUUGGUUUUACUUCUGAUUGGAUGAAAAGGUGGCGCGAAUCUUUUAAGCCAAUCGCAUCGUGUAGAAAGUGCAAAACCAAUUACUUUUCGACACUCAAAUGAAAACCGCUCGAAAACCUUUUUAUCGGUACUCACAUCAUACUAUUUCUUUAGUAUGUAGUACCAUGCUGUGAUUGGUCGAAUGGGUCAAUGUGGCAGAUUCGAGGUGUUGUCUCUUCGCCCCGGUCUUGAUGAUCUCUUUUCCUGUUUACCUCUCUCACAUUCUACAAUACUCCCCCUCCCACCUUGUUGGGCCCAGGCUAAGUAUGCAGUUCGAACUUUUUAGUCUUUGGACUUAAUUCUAUGAAUUGACCAUGGAAAUGAAACCUAUCUGGCAGGACUUUUUCGUCGCGGUAAUUGUUUCUAGUAUUUUACAAAAUGAAUUUGAGUCUUUUCUCAGUCUAAAGUGAAUCGUUGCUGGCUUUCAAACAUUAGUUCGAUGACUCUAGGUUAUCGCUCGAAAUGUUUGGUUUUAAAUCUAUGAGGUUGAGCAAUUAACCUUCUCGAAUCAGUUGAUAAAACUAGUUAACCCAUUACUUGCAUUUCCUGGCCACACAGCCCUUUAUUUUUCAUCAUAUGUUCAACUUUUCUAGUUCAAAGAAGGAGUACAAAAAGGGGCCAUCUUUGCUAAUAUACCAUCUGACCUAGGGCAGCCUGUCUCCCAGUCAAAGCAAAUUAUGCUCUGGCAUUUUGAACGGAAAAGUUGAAGCUGUUUAUGGUGCAUGGGUGAGCUUCCGUGCCAGGCGCCGGUAUUUUUAGAGCGAAGGGAGAAACUUGCAUACAUGUACGUGCGCGCACGAGGGAAAACUGUGGAGAGUGGACAUCUCCCCUUCGCGUAUUCCACUUGAGCGCUCUUUUAAACUAUUAAGUAAUGGUCCAGAUGAGAAGGAAAGAACCACAUGAACACGUUGGAGUGCAAAAAGUGCUAACUUUACUAUUGUCUCGUCUGAGUCUAGUAACACAGAAACCUAUGUGAGAAUCAAGUAAAAUUAUAAACUUUUCUUGGCUAUUGUUUGCAACUCUAUACAAAAAAACACUCUUGAAAAAAUUAUGGAUUUUAUAUACAUUUAAUUUCGUAAACUGCCUUUUUGUACAUUUUUCUGUAUUCUCUGUUUGAAAAUGAAAAUAUUUCUACCUGAGGAAAGCGUUUUGCGCCACAACAAAAGAAACAGGCCACUUCCGAGUGUAAAAACCCUCACUUUCAAAAUGAGGCCAAGUGCACGACCUUUCUUGUGAAAAUGAGUUUGAUUUGAUACAUAGAGGCCUGGGGGAACUCGGAAAUAGCCUACUGCUUCCCGUCUUACCCGGAUCGUUACUUUAAACGGCGCCUGCCUCGCCCGCGAUGCGUGAGCGGAAGUAUGCUACGUGAAAUUGCCGAGCCUUGUAUGGAAGAUGGUUUAAACAAUCCGGAAAAAGUGGAUAAACUGAGGUCGUGAUCAAACGAAAACAAAAAUGAUUUCCCAUCUAACUGUAGGAUAAAUACCUAUUUGAUAAACCUUGUUUGACUGAUUUGUUUGAAGGGACGAAACAGAGCUUAUCGGACAGGAUGGACAAAUUUACAAAGGGCGCUUUGAUGAAAGAAUGCCUGACGUACCCACGGUAUGAACCUCCUUUCAUUGCAUAGAGAAGUGUUACGCACUUCUCAUCAUUCUUUAUUUCAUUUCGAGCAUAACAAGUGUUAGAUUUUUCUCUGCUUGUUUUUACUUCUUUGUUCCCUUCGUUUGAUCUUCUUUGGGUCACGUGAUCAAAGAAAAAUGGUGUUACUUGAACCGUGAAAACCAUACAACUACUGGAGUCCUACUGAUGUUUUAUUUUAAUGGGGAUCACAUGUUAAUGUAACAACAACGUGUACUUGUGUGUGUGUGUGUGUUGUGUUCUAAAGGUUUAUGUACGAUGUAAUGACCUACGGACUGUUUCACUCACUUCCAGUGGUAGAAUUCCCCUUUAGGCUGUUUUAAAGCCGCGUAAUUGAAGUCGGUGACAAGUGAAAGGUACUUGUUAAGUCGCGCCAUAGAUUUCCAGAGAAGCACGGGUCUUGUGAUAGGUGCUGACUCAUCAGCAUGAGCUCCCAAGGUCAAAGACUUUUAGUUUCUCAAGUCUCGCUCAGUGAAGGAGAUCUUAUGGCUAUUAAGCUCAGUAGACAUUUUCCGGCUCAGAGAGUUGAGGACAACCCCAGCAUAUAUUUGCUUUCAAAACCUCUCUCACUCUCAAUUAAGGCUUCAAGAAUCAGUGAUCUGAGGAUAGUGUUAUAACAGCCCACACCUUCCUCGAGUGUGUCCUUCCCCAGUGAAAGGUGUAUCGAGGAAGACCUUAUAAUAAAGCUCACUAUGCCAGGCUUGUAUCGUAAGUUCUUUUAUGUUCUUCUCGGCAGUACCCCAAAUCUCCAAGAGUCAUGUCAGCGAAGAGAGCAACUAGCCCCCAGCCUCCUCGCAAUGGAAGCCCAACAAAUCGUCGCCCACGAUCUGCUGCAGUCCCCUCAUCUCCUAGAAAUCUCGAGGAGGAAGCUGAGCCCGCGAGUGUUGUUGUUCAGUGACAAUGGUCUCACAUCAAAUGAUGCAGUGACUUAUUGCUCCUGUUCUUAUUGCUGUUCAGCAAACUCUUAUUUGCGGAUUCUUUGAUUGUUUGUAGAAGUGUUGAAUAUUUGAAGUGAAGGGUAAUUUAUGAUACUUAUUUAUGAUAAAAAGGUAUAGUUAAUAUUUGCUUAAUAUAUUAAAGUCGUUGAAUCGAGGAUUGAAAAUUUAAAUAUCUCGUGGAAAUGCUGUUUCUGAAUUUUACUUCUUGACUUAUUCGAUGCUGGCCAUUUCCUUUUUUUAAACCAGUUCACAAAAUCCCUAUUGACAGUCUAACUGGUCUUUAAACACCGUUAUAAAAUACAUCACUUCAUGUCGUAAUGUUGCACUUGGAGGUUCCGCGUGUUAUAAUCUUUAUGUGUAAGUUUUGAAGAAAAAAGGUGAUGUGUGUUGAACGUUUUCCCUGCUGACGAGUACUUUUUAGGUCGCUUUGAUGAGUCCUCUAAGUUCUAUUGAAAAAAAAGAGGUUGUAAGUUCAGAAAACAAGGACUUUUGCGAAUUUGCUUUACCAGUGAUUGACUUUACAUGCCUUCCCAUAGUUUCAAAAAUACACUUUAAUAAACAGUGGACGAAACCGCGAAGGACGGUAGGGUUUAUAAUGCAGACGUUGAGUGAUCACUUGUUGAAAAUGAGCGUUGGAGAUGUUACAUUGUGAUAGUAUGUGAAUCAUCCUCGGAGACCCAGGGGCAGUCAGUCGGGCCAGGAGAAAAGUUACGACGAAAGUUUUCAAGCAUGGGUGGAAGAGCCCCUGGGUACCGACUCUCACCAGACCAUUUCCAAAAGGUCAAGCGAAUGCUGGCCCCUGAUUGGGCACAAAAAAUGCUUUGUAUUAUUGUGCCCAAUCGGUGAACAGUUUCUCCUGAGUUCUUUUUGUGAGUUCGUACACGACGGCUAUUAUCUCGCCACAGUUGCCUGGUUCGUUCACCAAGCUUUCCUAACUACUGAUGAGUCGAAGAACGUUUCGGAUGCUAUCAGCGGGAGCAAUUCAAUUUGCACUGAGAAAAUUCUGUUUCUGACGGAUCACAAUGUAUCGUAAACAAUAGGAAGUUUAAGAUGCAGCGGCAACGAGAAAGUAAAAAAAGCAAUGGCUUGAUAAGGCAAAACAACAACUUUGCACGUGCAUCACGCUUUUUGUACAUUUCUUUGCUGUUACUGCACAACUGCCACAUGAGAAUACCUAAUUUCACGUUUUGUGAAAGAAGUAAACAAGCAAUGACAAAAUUUUCUUUCUCUGAAUGAACUUGGAUAUGGCUGAUAGAAAUUCAGCGCCAGAGGAGAUCGCUUGCAUUUGACAAAGUAAGCGAGUUGGAAUAAUCACGAUAGAGACUGAAAAAAUGUGAAUUCACUUCUCAUGCGAGGUUUCGUGGCUGCCAGCUGUCGUGGCAUCUUAAACUCCUGAAUAUUUAAGAAGGCGUGAUCGAUGCAAGAGUGAAUACUUGUUGUAAGCUCAAGCUUGUAUUUUUGGAAAAGCGUCUUUAGUUUUCGAGUAGACUGUAUUUUGAACUGGAGAGUUUAUAUCAAACUGAAAGUUUCCUGACUGCGUGCAUUUCUUUGGUGCAUGAGCCAGACAAGCAGUGAUCGAGUUAAUAGCCGUCGUGUACGAACUCACGAAGAGAACUCAGGAGAAACAGUUCGCCGAUUGGGCACAAUAAUACAAAACAUUUUGUGUGCCCAAUCAGGAGCCAGCAUUCGCUUGACCUUUUGGAAAUGGUCCGGUGAGAGUCGGUACCCAGGGGCUUUUCCGCCUGUGCUUAAAAAGGUUUCGCCGCGCCUCUUCUCCCGUCCCGACUGACCGCCCCUGGGUCUCCCAGGAUGUAUGUGAAUAUGAUAUUUAUCAGGUCGAUUUAGCACAUGCCCAUUGAUUGACC